CUGUCACCUUCAAUUGGCCUCGUUAUCCUCCUUCAUUCUCCCGCCUGUACGUUAUGAUUGAGCCCAUUGCCGCUCAUGGUGAGCUCGACACAAUGGCUCUCUCCAAAUACAUGGCCGUUGACCAGCUUACAACAGCUCCAACGUUUAUUUCGUCUCGUUCUGCCGACGUUAUCCUGUCCGAUAUUCGUCCUACUAAGUUAACACCUGACGCUCUCAGUUCCAUCAAUGCUCUGUUGGACGAGUUACUCUAUAGUAUACUUAAUGCAGCUCGGGCGCUCAGCCCCUCCCGACUGAGAACCGCAAUGCACAAGGUUCUACCAACCACGCUGGGCAAGGAGGCCAUACUCGAGGCUGAGAUGGAACUUAGAGCGUACUAUCAGCGUACAGUUACCGCUGCAGGUUCGGGCUCGUCGAGUGAGGAUGGCGUUUUCGACUUGCAGUGGGCAUUUGAGCUUUUGAGACUUAAGUGCGAAGCAUAUUCGACUUUAAGCGACACGGAUGAGAAUUCGGAUGCCGAAAAUCGCCUUAAGGAACAUAUGCAUGCAGAUGGUGUACCUCCUCCCAAGCAAGAAGUUCUUGCACCAGCCUCACUUUAUUUGACCGCCAUUAUCGAGUCUAUAUGCGAGCACAUUCUGUCAAACGUGGGACGUGUCGCGUCGCGAGAUAGCAGCCGAGCAACAGCCAACUCUCAAGAUUUAUUCAUCGCACUAUGCGAAGACAGCACGAUAUAUGGCUUUUUCAAGAACAUGAAGGUCUACGGACAAAUCGAGACGCUGUCAAAAUUACCGAAACCGAGACGAAGCAAAUCUUUUACCCGAGAAAAAAUGUCUGGUACCACGUCCCCGGUGUCCUCUCGCGAGGGAGAUGCGUUUCGACGGGACAGCUCGCGCCCUCGUAUAUCGUCAGAGUCAUCUAAUACUGGACCCGCCAUGGUUGUGGGGUCCAAUCAUCACUCUGCUAGAUCAUCUAUCGACAAGGCACGCUCGAUUAAGAUAUUUAGUGGCAACAGCAAUAGAGGAUCAAAUGACCAUCCAAAUGGGCCUGACUCUGUGACCGGACAUAGGAAGACAGAUUCAUUAGUAAGCGCCAAUGCGAAGCAAUCCAUCCAUAGUGGUGACAGGUCUCCCAUUUCUCCGACAUUCUCCGAGGAUCGAUCACAAGAAUUUGAUGACAUGAUGCGAUCAGGGUCAACCAUGAAGGUAUCGCUCACCCCGGAUAGGCUGAGGACGAUGGAGGCUCUUAACAAAGAGAAGGCACGCUUCAACGGAAGGAAAAGCUCCCUUCAAUCCUCCCACAAGGACUCCAUCUCGUCCGAAGUAUUACUAGCUCCCACUGCGCUUGACCAGCCCAAGCGGGCGACAAGACCCUCCUUGCGUCACGUUGAUUCGAUUCAUGAAGACGACGAAGUCCAACCCAUAACGAAACCCCCUCCAACGUCACGCCCUCGACAGCUCAGCGCCGCUACUGCUUCAGGAUUUAGUCCACCCUCUUCCGCUCGUGCUCGCUCUGCCUCAUCCGCUGAUCCCAUGGUGCUAAAGCCUACCGCACUUUCACCGCCAAGGGUGCCGCGUUCGGAUCUUGGUUCGUCCCUGAAGCUACCGAACUUGACGCCAAGCAAUGUACAUCAGAAGCGAACAAAGCCUAUCCCUCACGGAUUGGACAUGGACCAGCCACGAGUUCAUCGUACUCGCACCGUUGCGAGAAAUCGAGAGUCACUUGAUCUUGACGAUGUCAUGGGUGGUUCGGAUGACGAAGAAGAGCCAGAACCAGAGAAGCCGGAGAGUCCGCCGUGCUAUAAUCCGCACAGAGGCCUAUCUGCAAGCGCUAGAGAGUUGAUUGAAUUUCUCGCUGAGGGCCCACCGGAACCUCCUGCGACUUCCCCUCCUGCCAACUCAGGGUCUCUUUUGACGCCCAAAAAAACUGGUCGCCUACAGCGCAUGAUCUCUAAAAUCACCCUUAACGGCACCGAGAAGGUUCGUUCCGACAAUGAGUCUGGAAAAAGCUCUCCAUGGAGGGCAGACGCUCCUGCACCUCUUCUACCCAAUAAGUCCCUAACGAAUAUCAGCUCCCUCGCGAAUAGACCCGUUCCCCCUCGAUAUCCCAUCGACUUACCUUCCGCUACAUCGUCAGAGUCUCGUAGCUCUGCUGACAAUGUACUCUCAGAUCACCGGGCUCGGAAACAGUCUCUUCAACGCAAGCCGGUGCCUCCUAUCGACCCUAAAGCAUGCUUUUCAGACUCUCCCGUCGCUACACUGGCUCCUGGCAUGGGGAUUGCGGAUAUCGGUUCCCCUGUACCUCCCGUGUCCGUCAAUUUCGCAGUCCCAAUCACCUCCAAACGUGUAUUUGAGCAUGAUACCGACAACAAACGCGGUUCUGGUGAGACUGCUUCAUCGGGCGUAGUCCGCGUUGAAACCCCUGCCCUUUCAACCUCGGAGUCAAAGGUGCCUUCGGUGCAAAUACCCGAACGGUCUUCUUCCAAAGUUGUCCUUUCACACCUAGCCAAACGUACCCAGUCGCGACCCACCACAUCUUCACCCUCCAUCCCUCCAUCUGUUAUCGAUCAUGCUCACGACAUGCGGCAAACGCUCGUACAUGCAACAAGCGCAGCCGAAUGUCGUCUACUCAUAGACAUAUUCCUGACUCGGGCUGGUUUGGUUGCUGAUUCAUCAGAGCUUCAAGCUCUAGUCUCCGCCCCGCUUACCCCUGCGUCUGCUGCGAAGGAGUCUCACAUGGAGAAUGCCAUCGUCGAGUUGUUGCUGGGUGGCGAUGAAGAGAUUUCAGACCCGCCAGCCCAGGCUGCACCAUAAGCUUCGCAAGUCUCACACCUCCGUUCUAGAUUCAAUGUUACUGUGGAUACAGCCUAAUGAUACCCUGCCACCUCUGUUUACUUGAUCUUCCGUGUAGAUCUAACAACUACUCAUUUCUAUUGACUCCCGUUCUCGU